UGUUGACAAGCUAACAUCUGGAAGUUUGUUGUUGAGAAAAAAACAAAAACAAAAACACAGCAGUCUCCCAUUAAAAUUUUUAAAAUGAAUUCGUAGGUACGUGAGCUGCAGGCGGAGCUGAUGCUGGAGCAGAAAAAGACCGAGGAGUAUCAGAAAGGUGUCCGUCGCUACGAGAAACGAGUCAAAGAGCUGACCUACCAGUCUGCGGAGGACAGAAAGACGCUGCUGCAGAUGCAGGAGCUCAUCGAGAAACUCCAGACCAAAGUCAAGAGCUACAAGAGACAAGCAGAAACGGCUGAGGAGCAGGUGAGCUGCAGUGGCGUACGCUACAAGAAAAUUCAACAUGAGCUGGACGAUGCCGAGGAGAGAGCAGACAUCGCAGAGACCACUGUCAACAAGCUGCGCGUACGAACACGACAACAGACCACGAAAUUCACCCUG